AUGGUGCAGCCCCAGACGUCCAAGGCCGAGCCCCCCGCCCCCGCCGCCGCCGGCGCCCCGGUGGACGACGUCAUCGACACCCUGGCCUCGCUGCGCCUCACCAACUCGGCGCUGCGGCGCGAGGCGUCCACGCUGCGCGCCGAGAAGGCCAGCCUCACGCACAUGCUGGAGGGCGUGAUGGCCGAGCUGGCCCUGCUGCGCGCCCGCGCCCGCGUCCCCGGGGCGCUGCAGAUCACCCCGCCCGUGUCCGCCAUGGCCUCCGGCGGCGCCCGGCCGCUCACCACGCCGCCCACCUCGCUGCCCGAGCCCUUCGCGGGGGACCCGGGCCAGCUGGCCGGCUUCCUGAUGCAGAUGGACCGCUUCAUGAUCUUCCAGGCCUCGCGCUUCCCCGGCGAGGCGGAGCGCGUGGCCUUCCUGGUGUCGCGGCUGACGGGGGCGGCGGAGCGCUGGGCCGCCCCGCACAUGCAGCCCGGCAGCCCGCUGCGGAGCGACUACCAGGCCUUCCUGGCCGAGCUGCGCCGGACCUACAAGCCCCCGCUGCGCCGCGCGAGGCGCGCCCACGCCCGGAAGGCCUCCGCCUCCCACCGGGCCGGGCGCGAGCGCCAGGUGCCGAGCCGCCCGCCGGCCGCCGCGGGCCCCCCCUGCCCCGUGCACCCCGCCGCCAGCGGGCCCGGCCCGGCGCCCGCCCUGCCCGCCCGGGCUCGGAACCUUUAG